AUGGAGUAUUUGGGCCACUUUUUUGAGAAAAAGUGUGUAGAUGGAGUUUGGACCCCUUUGAAGGCCUCCAAGGAUAAUUUAGGCUUUUCCCACCUUUUUGCGGACGAUAUCAUAUUGUUUGGAAAGGUUGAACCUGUUGCCUGUGAAGCAAUAUUGGAAGUGCUUGGGAAAUUUUGUGCUGAAUUAGACCAAAAAGUCAACUUGGAAAAGUCCUGUGUAUAUUUUUCCCCAAAUGUUAGUGAAAGUUUAAAGGAGGAAAUCUGUGACAAAUUGGGCAUUCAGGAAAUGCAUGAUAUUGGAAAGUACCCUGGGUUUCCAUUAAGGCACAGAGGGGCUGCUAGAAAUCCAUAUAAGUUCAUAGUGGAAAAGGUCAUGUGUAAACUAGCAGGGUGGAAGGCAAAGUAUUUAUCCAUUGCCGAACGAACGGUUUUACUUAAGUCUGUGAUGUUCGCCAUCCCUAAUUAUGUGAUGCAAGGGGUGGCUCUACCAGUCCAUGUUUAUGAUAAAUUGGGUAAAAUUAAUCGGGAUUUUUUAUGGGACUCCACAAGUAAGGCGGGCGGUGGAGGAGUAAUUAGGGACUGUCAUGGUGUUUGGGUCAAGGGGUACUCAAGAUCAAUUGGGUAUACCACUAGUGUGUUUGUUGAAUGGUGGGCAUUGCGGGAUGGUCUGAUCUUGGCCAUUCAAUUGGGUAUAAACCAGCUAGAGGUGGAACUUCUAAGGUUGUACUAUUAUAGGCGUGUUGCCAAUACUUUGGCCUCUGUGGUCAGUUUGUAA